AUGUCCCACAUCUUCAGGCUUAUUCUCGCACAAGGCUCUCAGAUCUACACGAUUGUCCUCUCACCCAUCUGUCUUUCGUCUUCAUUGGCUCCAGCAGUCCCAUUCCUCCUGCUACUGUAUGCCUCCUACAGCUUCCCAGCAGUCAUACAAAGCCCUGCCAGCACGAUGCGUUUUCUAAACACCGAAAACUUCAAGAUCCACCAUUCCACGGGUCCUCCUCCUUCAUACUCAGUCUUUUGCCAUGCCCACGGCUGUGACGAUAUAGGCUUUGAAGACUUCAGCAACCCUGAAAUGCUUCCACACAAAGCAGGAUUCCAUCGCUUGUGGCAAGCCUGCAAUCGAGCCAGGAACCACGGCUCAAAAUGGCUAUGGUCCGACGCCGUGUGUAUAGACAGAGGCUCCAGCGCUGCCCUAACAGAGGCUUUCAACAGUCUAGCCCGUAUCUAUCAGGAGUGCACCUUUUCCCUUAUUUAUCUCGAGGAUUUACCACCCGGCGACUGCAUUGACGCUGGCUUGGAGAAGCGGCUCGCGAAUUGUGCCUGGCUGAGGAACGUUUGGGUUCUGCCGCAGCUCAUAUUUCCAAAACACUCGUACAUCUACGACAAAGACUGGAACGAGAUCGGCACGAAGACAUCUUUGGCUCGGCAAUUAUCAUUGGCGACCUCCAUCGAGCAAUCUGUCCUUAUCAAUCCAGCGGCACUGGGAGAAUAUUCCGUAGCUAAGAGGAUAUCUUGGGCCUCACAGCUUGACGCCUCUCGACCUGAGGACAGGUCCUUCGCCCUGCUCGGGAUCUUGGGGAAGAAAUUUUACGAGACACCAACGAUUAUUCCCUGUUCGCUUGGCGCCCAGAAGUACCCCAAGAAUACCGAGGUCUUCUCGCAUAUUCUCCAGCAGAGUUUCGGCAUUUCGACAAAGCGCCGAACGGACCAUUCCGCAUCAGGGGCGAGGUGCAACCCAUUUCAGCCGGUAUCAUCAUCCAUGCGCAUUUCCAACAAGUCGGUCACGAUAUUGUUCUGCCUCUGGAAAAUGCUGAGGGAUUCGUAUACUCCAUACGACUGUCGAAGUCUGGACAAGGCUUCGUAA